UUUCUUUUUUGUUGUGUCCUGGGGCGACGGAAAGUUCUCGUUUGCCACGUCACACAAUUUUACUCUUUAUGUUUUUAUCGUCAACCAAAAGGCUGCUGUGAGACUUUAGAUCCAUAUGAUGUCAUUAAAAUAAAAAUCAUGUUUUUUUUUUCAUUUUCUUGUCUUUUGUCACAAUAAACUCCCCUUCCUCCUUGUUGUCAUGGUAACCUAGCAACACGGUAGCGACAAAAAGCUGCCUCUUUUCAAAUUCUUGAACUUUUUUGCAGAGGGGGGGUUGAUGCCAAAUAGGCCGAGCUUCUUCACGCCCGCUCAGGUGGCGGCUCACAAUACAGCGGCCGACCUAUGGGUGUCCUUCCUGGGCAGAGUGUGUGACCUGACCCCCCUGGUGAGGCAGCAUGAGGGCGAUGUUUUGCUGCUUCCAAUCAUGGAGUUUGCAGGCAAGGACAUCAGCAGCUGGUUCGACCCCGAGACCAAAGACGUGUUGACGUUCGUGCACCCGCUGACCGACUGCGUGAGCUACUACACGCCGCGGGGACGCUUCGUGCACGUCCCGCCGGCCGGCCCGCGUUCCGACUGGGCCAGCGACAUCGAGCCGGCCUGGUGGAAGGACCGGCGCUACGAGGUGGGACGGCUGUCCGCCAAGACCAGGUGGAUACGCGUCAUCAACACGCUGACGUCGCAGGAGCAGCGGCUGGAGGUGUGUUCCGAGGAGACGCUGGCCGAGGUCCUGGAGCGCUACCUGCCGUACAACUCGCACGCGUGCAGCUACACGUGGAAGCACAACGGCGCCAGCCUGGACAUGAGCAAGACGCUAAGUCAGAACAACGUCCCCGACGACGACGUCAAGCUCCAGAAGCUGCGUCUCGACUGCGAUCUCUUCACGCCCGCCAUCCUCCUCCACUUUAACGACGACCUGACUGAGGGAUGAAUGCCACGUUGUGUCAAUCACGCCGUGUCGCGUGCAGAGCGAUGACCUCAUUUUAUGAAUAAAGCAUGUGUUUGUGUG